UUUAGAUAGAAAGGUGCAGCAAAGUUUGAAACGGGCAUUCUAUACACACUGCAGAAAUACUGGGAACCUCUUUUUUGACAGUGGUCCCGUACAGACACCGAGAUGACUGCACACAGACAUUAGAGAAAAGAACAGAGUGGGCUGGGAAGGACUGGAAUAAAGGCAGUGCACAGAAAAACAAUAUCACAAAGAGAAUAUAAAAUUCCGCCUGCAUUUCUCAUCACAGGUUUUCCAUGGCAGGGAUUGGGUGCCCCGUGUCUGAACUGUUUCCACCUAAGGGGAGCACCAUCGCGUCCAACCCUGAUGUCACUAACGAUAUUAUUAUUAUUCCACUUUCUCCUGAACUAAAGGACAUUAAACCUAAAGAGCUACAGCAGAACGCUAGUAAAGUACCAUGCUCAGAAAAUAUCCUGGAAGACCGAGGACAUAUAAAAGAAAAAGACAAAUGCAAUCACAAUGCCCCACAUCUCCACAGUGCUGCAGAGCUUCACACAUCUGAUAAAGCAGGUGCCAAGAUAGCAUCAGGUGUGAACUAUGAGAAUGAACAGUCACUACAGGUUCACACAGAGAAAGCCUCCUCAUUACAAGAGUACUCAGGAGAAGAGAAGCUUUCCCUAACCAAGCAGAAUUUUCAGAGGAGUUACUCAAAUGAAACAACUGAGCAUGCUUUAUAUAAGAACAUAGAAGCACCUAUUACGUCCUUAGUUUGUAAGGAGGCCAUGCAAACACAGCCAAGCUGCAGCGGCUCCACCUUCUGCAGAGCAGCGAGUGGCACAAUCUAUCCAAACUCCAUUCAGGUUUGCACUUCUGGCUGUGCUCAGGUAUCAGGAGAGUUUGCCAGGGACAUUAAACCCUGCAGUCCGUACCAUCAUGGAGCUGUUGAGGACACAUUUGCUGCCUACUGUCACCCCCAGCCCAUACCUGCUCCUGCCCAACUUGUACCACGAGUAAUGAACAUGGAGGGAGACUGCAAGGGGCAGAAAACAGGAGCGACCUUGUUAUCUCUUCCCCCACUCGUUUCCUCCAUCAGUGAGACAAGACUGGAUUCUAAAAGACUGGUCCACUGCUGUAGCCUGGACUGUAAGUGGCCUGGUGCUUUGCACCAGGUUGGAAGUCAGCAGCAAUCAGUGAGAGAGGCUAAAAACACGAGGGAUGCCGGGACUAUGACCUCCUGCACAGAGCUGAGGGAUGUAGCAGUGCAAGUGGGUCAGAACUCAGAAAAGUCCCCUCAACAUGUCUUUCCAAAGGUGUGUCUGGUGGACGAGAAGGAGAAUGGAAAUAAAAAGAUUACAGAGCAACGGAAAGCCUCAAUUAAGGAUGUGAAAUGGGACUCAGAAGGAAUGACAUGGGAGGUCUAUGGUGCCUCGGUCGACCCUGAGGAACUGGGCUUGGCUAUUCAAAAGCACUUGGAGCUGCAGAUCAAGGAGACCGCAGGGAAAGCAGCAAGGUUAUCAAAGAAGAACACAACCACCUCACAGCUGGGAAACGAGAAAAGGGAGAGUAAGAGGAAGAGAAAAGUGAUGGCGGUUCUUCGUCCAUCGGUCUGUUGUAGCCGCACUUCUACCACAGUGGACUAACUAUCGCUCGCUCAGUUUUUUUAGAUUUAUUCACAUUUUAGAUUCCUUAGAAUUGUAAUCGAUGUAUGAGAAGGGACAGGAGAGAACAUGCGAGAGAACAUGUGCCUAAGUCUUCCUUACAGCUUCAGAACCUCACUGUAUUGCUUGGAAAAACAUAAGACUGACCUUAAGUGCUAUUUGUUUGGUAUGUAAUUCCACCGGUCUGUCUAUUAGUGGAGUACUUUUUUUUUUUUUAUUACAGUACAAAAAUAUGUCCUGGUAUUUUAAAUCAGCAGGGUAAUAACUUUCAGGAGUACUAAGCGUAAGAAAGCAGCUGAUAUGACCAAAAGCACAAAUCCAAGCUUUAAGCCUAAUUCCAUCUGCCACCGGUUUUCUCCUAACUCAAGUUAAACAAAACAACUGAUGAUGCUCAGGUAAGGUCACAGUCCAUGGUCAAGGCAUUUGUUAAUCUGUUAAUCAAUUGGUUUAUUUUAAACUAAAUUAGUUGAAGCCCCAGAACAGGGAGAUGUUGAUGAGUGAUUUG